GGGACUGAGGAGGGAGGAAGAAGAACUAAUCUGUUCUUCUGAGCCAGUCUGCCGGUCCUGACAAGUUCUCCACACUCUCCCCAGUCUGGAUUAUCUUUGUUUUAUCAGCUAUUUUUGUUGUUUUUCUUGGUUUGGGGGACUUCUAAAUGGCAAAGAUGAGAGGAGUUUCCACCACUGAGAAGGGAUCAAGAGUUUGUCCUGAAACAGAGUGAAGAGAGGAGGAGGGAGGCUGAUUUCCUCUUCAUCUUUAAGCCUCUGCAGGAGUUUCGAAGUGGAAGAAUGGGGGCUGGAGCGAUGACCAUCUGUCACAACAAGGCGGCUGUGCAGGUUAGGGAGGACAUGAAGAAGAUGGUGCAGAUCCCCAUCCUGAGAUCCAGAGCCGUGGCAGCUAAGCACACCAAGCUGUUUGGAGUGUCCAUGUUUGAGCUGCAGGAGCAGGGUCUCCUGGAGGAAGGAGUGCCUCUGGUGGUGAGGAGGAUGGUGGAGUAUCUCAUCCAGCAUGCUCUGCAUCAGGACGGCCUGUUCAGAGUCAACGGGAACGUUCGAGCUGUGGAGACUCUGAAGCUGCGGCUGGAGAGUGGAGAUGACGUCAACCUGCUCUCUGAAUCGGACCUGUGCACCGUGGCCAGUUUACUCAAACGUUACCUGAGAGAGCUUCCUGGAGGCCUGGUGGACUCAACGGUCCAGCAGGAACUGAUCCGGUACUUUCAAGAAAGUGGAGAUGCUGGUUCCUGUUUGGUUCUGAGGGACCUGCUCCAGCAGCUGCCAGAUGUUCACCACAGCCUUCUGUGUUACCUCUGUCACUUCCUGACGCUUGUGGAGAAAAACCAUGAAGACAACCGAAUGACCGCUCACAACCUCGCCACUGUGUUUGGACCCAGUGUCUUCCACGUGGCUCCUGGUUUGGACGCAAUAAAGGACCAAAAUAUCUGCAACAAGAUCAUGGCCAAGCUGAUCCAGAGCUACAGCAGCAUCUUUGAGACAGAAGCAGAAGACAGGACGGAGCAAUGGCCGACAAUUAUAACUGUCCAGUCUAAGGACGCUAACGUAACAGAUGCACCCCUAAAGAAGUCCUCCAGCCGUCUCAAGGUUAGGAAGAAGAGGAAUGACGGCCUGACUCCAGAUGUCUGUCAGCCCAGCCCCUCCGGUGGAAUGCCCCAUGUUCAGUCCUUCUCCAUACCGAUAGUGUUGCCCCUGACCUCAGACCUGAAGAGUCCCAGCCCAGAAGUGAUGGACACAACACCUCAGCCCCAAAACGAUACUGUGCAGCCCACCUCGCCACAUGUCAGCCUUUCCUGCAGUGCGGAGGGCCUCAACAGUUUCCCAGACGAGGACAGGCCAGUAUCUCCGUUCUACAUGAGUAACCACCUCUCCCCAGUCCGCUGCAGGCCAGAUGUGGUGGAUUUUCUGGACCAGACCAUUCGCUCAGCGGUGGAGCAGCACCUCUUUGACGUAAACCCUUCAGCAGAUCAACAGUCAGAGACCAUCGGGCUGACCGCACGUCCUUUGAGCACGAGGGUGACGACAACGGCGCGGCAGAGACGUCGGCUCCAGAGAGAGCAGCAGCAGGACGGCUUAAGAGUCAGAGAGAGAAACAGAGCUGCAUCCAUCAGGACGGAGUUGGACCCCAACAAGGAAAACAUCCCAUCGAGCGGAGGCAGUUGUUGGGGCAACGUGGGGGAGGAAACGGGUGGCUGUUUGGACUUACGAGGAGAACAGGGCAUCCAUGUGGAGCGAACCACCAAACCCAGGAAGUCAAAGCGCAGCCCGACUCUAGUGCAGCUGGAGAACCGAGCCACCCACACACUCAGAGAAUGUGUUGCUGAAAGCUCUUCUGAGAACCACAUGGACCUUCUUCAAAAAGGGUAUGAGAUUUCCAGAGAAGCUGGACUUGGAUCGGUUUCACAGACGUUCAGGAUGAAGAUCCAGGAGUCGCCUGUGGCCUGUGACCCCGGGAGGAUCGGCGGCGUGUCGGACCCGGACUGCGAGGACGUUCCGCGGCUGGACCUGACAGCUCUUACCGAGGACAGCUGGGGAGAGCCGAUCUCGGCAUGCCCGCUCCAGAGGGAGAGCAUGGACCGGGAAGAGGCCCGACUCUCCCCCCAUGCCGGGGGACGUCUGAUCCGGCAGCUUCUGGAGGAGGACAGUGACCCGUUGGUGUCUCCCCGCUUCUACGCCUAUGGGCAGAGCCAGCAGUACCUGGACGACACCGAGGUUCCCCCCUCCCCGCCAAACGCGCACUCGUUCAUCAGCCGCAGACGCAGCUCGUCUCUCGGCUCCUGCGACGACGAGAGAGAGGAGCUGACCUCCGCCCAGCUCACUAAGAGGAUUCAUGUGCUGAAGAAGAAGAUCCAGAGGUUUGAGGAGAAGUUUGAAGAUGAGAGAAAAUACAGGCCCUCCCACAGUGAUAAAGCUGGUAACCCAGAGGUGCUGCGGUGGGUCAACGAGCUGGCCGGGCUUCGGAAAGAACUCAAAGAUCGGAAGCUGAUAAAGUCUGAGGAAGACCUGCCGCCUCUGACCCGUCAGCGCAGCAACACACUGCCCAAAAGCUUCGGCUCUCAGCUGGACAAGAAGCCUCAGCAGGAGAAGGUGCCGAAGCCCCCGGUGGAGAGCACCCUGGAGUCCACCUUAAAGAAGCUGCAGGAGAAGAGGGAGGAGGUGGACCGUCCAGAGGACAUCAAGGAAAUGACACGGGAGCAAAUCGGAGCAGAGAAAGUGGCGCUGCAGAAAGCUCUUCUCCACUACGAGGGCAUACAUGGCCGACCGGUGACCAAAGGCGAGAGGGAAGUCAUGAAACCGCUGUACGACCGGUACCGCCUGGUGAAGCAGAUUCUGUGCAGAGCCACCACCAUCCCCGUCAUAGGCUCCCCCUCCAGCAAGCGCAGAGGUCCCCUCCUUCAGCCCAUUAUCGAGGGUGAAACUGCGCUCUUCUUCGAUGAUAUCAAGGAGGAGGAGGACGGCUCAGAGGACGAUGGGGACACAAAGACCCAGUUCAAUGUGUCGGUUCGGCCCGAGCUUGGAGUGUUCAGCUUCAUGGACCCCAUGGACGAGGAGGUGGACGGUUUUAUUUCACCCGUGGAUGAACUGUCACCCUCCAAAACCACAGCAGACAUGGGACUGUCCAACCUGCACUCGGCCUCCAUGGAGGAACUGGUGGAGCAGCUUCAGGAGACAAAAGAGGAGAAGAAAAGGAUCCGUAAGAGCCUGAAGGAGUUUGAGGACCAGUUCUUUAGACAAAACGGGAGGACCGUCCAAAAGGAGGACCGCUCCCCGCUGGCAGACGAAUACCACGAAUACAAGCACGUUAAGGCCAAGCUGCGGCUGCUGGAGGUCCUCAUCAGCAAAAGAGAUGCCACCAAGUUCAUCUGAACAUAAGAUGGAGUAGUUGGACUGGUGCUCGGACUCCAGCGAUGAAGUCAAACACAUCUCGCCCUGUUGGAACAAACUGGGAUCAACAUGCUGCUCUGGGAACAGCACACACAGUUCCAUCUGUCCUGUUAUGAUUUAAAAAAAAAAGCCACACACCACCUGAGAGCUGCCUCUCCCUCGGACCUCACCUCCGCAUCUGGAUGUUCCUCCAGACAACGUCAUGCGUACGCACAAAUCACCUGUAUAAUUUAUUUUAACAAUUUAAAAAGAGUAUUUUUCUUUUAACUUUAGAGAUGAAAAAAGAAAAACAGUAAGACCAACUGUAGUUGAAAAAAUAUUUUUUUGAAGGAUUUUGUGAUGAAGAUGUGUAUUUAUGUGUGUUUUUCUAAGGGAGAUGUCACCGUUUGUGUCCGUUUGAGUAAACGAAUAGCGCUUUAAUGAUUUCAGUUUGGACCAUUAUGAGUUACAUUUCUUCAGAGGUUUCAGCAAAAGCAAAAAACAAAUGGUUUCCUCCUUCACUACAGCCUGAAGUCAGCAGCUCAGAGCAAACCAAAUCCUGCCUUUAGCUGUAUAUUCUAAACGUUGGCAUGCUUCGUGUCUACACUUGUGUCAGAUAAGCUAAUCUUUAAAUCACUAGUAGGUGUUUGCACACACUGAUUAUCACAGACAAGCAGAGGUGCUGCUUCCAGUGUGUGUGUGAAUCUGUAAAUAUGGAUCAAUGAGUAUGUUUGCAUUUCUGUGAGCGAGUACUUUUCUCCUUUCUUUCUCCAAAAUGGAUGAUUUAUAUCUGUGUGAAUUUUGUUUUCACCUAAAACGCUGGCCAGGUUUCAUGAAUCUCGAGUGUGUACAUUUUAGUACAUAAAUUGUAUUUUGUAUAUAACAUGCAAUAAAUCUUAUUUUUACUGAA